AUGCGGUCCACCCUCUCGUUCUCGCUCUGCUCGGCCCUCCUCGCCGCAACCGCACCUCUCGGCGGCGCCGUCCCGACGCGCACCCCGCCUGCGGCCUCGUCGACCUCGUCCGCCGUACCGCCAGAGCAAGAUGCCGCCGGCGGCAUCAAGAUCAGCCUGCACCGCCGCGGCAGCGCCGAGCUCCAGCAGGAGGACGGCUCGAUCGACUUUGGCCGCUCUCACGCUCACCUCGCUCGCGCUCGCGCCAAGUACGUGCGCGGCCUCGAGAACUUUGAGCUCAACACGGGCGAGUCGCACUUCCUCGCGCCGUCGUUCGUCGACCCGACCCUCCUCCCCGGCGGCGGCGGCGGCCCCGACAGCCGCAAGGCGAACGAGACGCUCAAGCGCCGCGCCGCCUGGGGCGACUCGACCGAGGCGUCGCUCGACUGGGCCGGCGACGACGCCAAGCUCAAGAAGCGCGCCGUGAGCGGCGACAAAGUGUUCGGCGCCGGCUCGGGUCGGCUCCACGGCGUCCCUCCUCCUUCGCCGGCGUCGGCAGGCCCGAUCGCCAACCGCCGCGCCCUCGAGAAGCGCGCCGUCUACAACCCCAAGGUCGUGUACAACCCCAAGAGCGGCACCAAGUCGGGCGCCGUCGCCCUCACCGAUCACGACGGCACCCUGUACACUGGCGCGCUCUCGAUCGGCACGCCCGCCAAGACGUUCAUCAUCGACUUUGACACUGGCUCGUCCGACCUGUGGGUCCCCUCGUCGACCUGCACCUCGGCGGCGUGCAACCCGCACACCAAGUACGACCCGUCGGGCUCUACGACGAGCAAGGUCGUCGCCGGCAAGUCGCUGAGCGUCACGUACGGCGACGGCAGCUCGACGACGGGCGUCGUCUACACCGACACGGUCGCCAUCUCGGGCCUCGCCGCGACGCAGCAGACGUUUGGCGUCGCGACGGCGCUCUCGAGCGACUUUGCCAACGACCCGUACGACGGCCUGAUGGGCAUGGGCUACCAGUCCAUCUCGACGCUCGGCGCGUCGCCGCUGUUCCAGACGCUCGUCAGCCAGGGCAAGGUCGCGAGCGGCAAGUUCUCGUUCCACCUCGCCGACUCGGGCUCCGAGCUGUACCUCGGCGGCAUGAACUCGGCCCUGUUUACCGCGUCGUCGACCAAGGCGUACCCGGUCGUCUCGCAGUCGUACUGGUUGCUCGCCGCCAAGGCCAACGUCGGCGGCUCGGCGGUCGGCUCGGUCGGCCAGUUCAACGCCAUCAUCGACACGGGCACGAGCGUCAUCGUCGCUCCUACUGCGUCGGCUCGCCAGUUCUGGGCCGCGGUCCCCAACUCGGGCGUGUACGGCUCGGGCUACUACACCUACCCGUGCGCGGCGGGGCCGUCCAUCUCGUUCUCGUUCGGCCAGACGUUCGGCGAGCAGUGGGCCAUCUCGCCCGAGUCGCUCAACCUCGGCAAGGUCUCGUCCGGCAGCGACCGCUGCGUCGGCGCCAUCGUCGGCGCCGACAUUGGCAUCAACGCCUGGAUCCUCGGAGCCUCCUUCCUCGAGAACGUCUACUCGACUUUCGACGUCUCGUCCAACACCGUCUCGUUCUCGGACCUCGCAUGAGCUGGCCUCGCGCGCUGUCCCCCCUUCGACUUUCUUC